AUGAAGUGUCUCUUGAAGUGUUUUCCACUUUUUCUCCUUGUUCUCCAAUCAGCAUUUUGUGAAGACCAAGACAAUUUGCUAUAUCCAUAUGGACCAUCUGAAGGUGAUAAAACUACUCCAGUAGAAGAUGAUGGAACAUCUGGGGAAGUUUCUAUUUCAGUUGACUUUAAGUUCUUCGGUAAAAAAUACAAAUCUCUCUUUGUGAAUAACAAUGGAGUAAUUUCAUUUAGCACACCCGUGUCACAAUACACCCCUGAUGCAUUCCCACUAAAAAAUGGAACAUUUGUUACGCCUUUCUGGGGAGAUGUGGACAAUGAUCUUGCAGGAUUGGUAUAUUUCAGGGAGAGCACAGACUCUAAUCUGAUGGAGAGAAUUUCCAAAGACAUGGAUAAACACCUACCUAACUUGCAUUAUUUAUCUACAUGGGCUUUUGUUGCUACUUGGGACAAAGUGGCCUAUUAUGGAUCAGCAUCUAAAAAGGUCAACACUUUCCAGGCUGUCCUUACUACUGAUGGUUACAGGUACUUUAUAAUCCUGAAUUAUGGGGAUAUCCAAUGGACAACAGGUACAGCUAGUGAUGGUGAUGCUAACACAGGCUUAGGAGGAACACCAGCCCAGGUAAUGCAAUAUAACAUAACUGUAUAA